CUUCCAAAUACAAUCAAAUGAUAAUGAAAAUGGAGGUUUAUAGCAGAUGCUUCAUGUUCAUAGUGUUUGCAUUUGCAUUUGUAAGCAAAGGGUAUGCACAAGAAUCGACCACUCUUGUUCCAGCAAUCAUGACAUUUGGUGACUCAGUGGUGGAUGUGGGGAAUAAUGACUAUCUCCCCACCAUCUUCAAGGCUAAUUACCCUCCCUAUGGGAGGGAUUUCGCUGAUCAAAAGCCUACUGGGAGGUUCUGCAAUGGGAAAUUGGCCACUGACAUCACUGCUGAAACUCUGGGGUUUACCAGUUAUCCACCAGCAUAUCUAAGCCCUGAAGCAUCAGGGAAGAACCUCCUUAUUGGAGCCAAUUUUGCUUCAGCUGGAUCCGGCUAUGAUGACAGAGCUGCCGCGUUAAAUCAUGCUAUCACAUUGACCCAACAGGUAGAGUAUUUCAAGGAGUAUCAGGGAAAGUUAGCGAAGGUAGCUGGCAGUAGCAAAUCAGCAUCCAUCAUCAAGGAUGCACUCUAUGUACUGAGUGCUGGAAGCGGUGACUUUCUCCAGAACUACUAUGUCAACCCUUUACUUAACCAUGCCUAUACGCCAGACCAGUAUGGCUCCUUCCUUAUCGACGCCUUCACAACUUUCGUCAAGAACACCUAUGGCUUGGGAGCCAGGAAAAUUGGAGUUACUUCUCUUCCUCCCUUAGGUUGCAUUCCCUUAGCGAGAACGUUGUUCGGUAACCAUGAGAAUGGAUGUGUGACCAGGUUCAAUACCGAUGCUCAGCAAUUCAACAAAAAGCUCAACGCAGCCGCAGCCAAUCUCCAGAAGCAGUAUCCUGAUCUCAGAAUUGUGGUUUUCGACAUUUUCAAGGCACUAUUGGAUAUUGUUAAAUCCCCCUCAAACUACGGUUUCGUGGAAGCAGCGAGAGGCUGCUGUGGAACAGGGACCGUAGAGACGACUGAAUUCCUGUGCAAUCCGCAUACACUGGGAACUUGUUCGAAUGCCUCCCAGUAUGUGUUUUGGGACAGUGUUCAUCCAUCUCAGGCUGCUAAUCAGGUCCUUGCUGAUGCAUUGAUUGCUCAGGGCGUUGCCCUCCUUUGAUGCAUUACUAUGUCUAUUUGCCCUGUACUAGGCCUACCACUACUCUUUACUAUUACCUUAAUCAACAAGUGACUCAUACUGCAGUAGCUUGUAUUUGCAGUUAAAGUUUCUUUUCUCCUCAAUUUAUACUACUUUUUUUUAUUUUCUA